AUGGGCCUCUUGAUUCUGGAACCGACGAAGCGGGAGGGUGAUGAUCAUGUUCCCGGCACCGCGUUCAUUGGCGCUGGAGGGGCCGCGGAUUGUGUGACUACUGUGACUGGAGAGCUGGAUCCCAACCUGAAGUAUGACUUGACAGGUGAUGUUCCGAUAGUUCUCGUUCCCCAGCCUUCCGAUGAUCCGAAUGACCCGUUGAAUUGGCCGUUGUGGGAAAGGGAUUUGAUCACGUUUAUUCUUUGCUUGGUUUCUGUAAGUUUGCUCCUUGCUCAAACUCGGCCCUAUCCUUGCGCCAAGCACUGUACGGUAUUGUUGAUUGUGUCUUCCGCUUGGGGUGGCUUAGCAUCGAGUUAUAAGUCCUUUCUCUGGGCGAGAAUUCUCCAGGGUGUGGCGGUUUGUCCAUUCGAAACUUUGGUGAACAUUACCGUUGGCGAGAUGUAUUGUGUGCAUCAACUUGGAAAGCGUAUGGCCUUGGCAAACUUUUCUCUGUUUGGAGGCGCCUUUUUGACGCCAGUCAUCGUGGGCAAGAUUACUGGGGAAUUAGGGUGGCAGUGGCCGUUCUUCCUUGUCGCAAUAAUCACUGGGGUUAUGUUGCCUUUGGUAGUAUUCUGGGUCCCGGAAACCACCUACAACCGCCCAGCACAUAGUACAUUAUCCAACCAAGCCCCUCGCCAGUAUACAUCCACGGUCCCGAGACACUCCUUUCUACAGCGGAUGUACCUCUUCAAUGGCCGGAAGACAUCGGAGUCACCCUUGAAGCUCUUCCUCCGCCCAAUUGUGCUUCUCCUUCACCCAGCUGUGAUGUGGGGUAUGCUUACACAAGGGGUAAUGAUCGGAUGGACCGUCAUGAUUGGCGUUGUCCUUGCUGCUGUGUUCAUAUUUCCCCCUCUUUCAUUCACUGAGGUUGAAACUGGCUACAUGUAUACCGGCGCUUUUAUUGGUUCCCUGGCUGGUUUGGCCAUCACUGGUCCAUUAGCGGAUUGGUCUGCCAAGUACCUCUCUAGAAUGAACAAGGGAAUCUAUGAGCCGGAAUUUCGCCUGUACUUAGUGAUCCCACAAGCGGUUACGGGCUGCCUUGGGCUCUACAUGUUUGGCGUCACCUCCUCCAACACUACGAAGUACGGCUGGUUUUGGCCGGACUUUUUCUUUGCACUCGAGUUGAUGGGUAUGACAAUGGGUGCGGUAACAUCAGCGCUCUAUCUUGUCGACGCAUACCCGGGCAUUGCCAUAGAGAGCUUCACAUGCCUGCUACUCUUCAAAAAUUUCUUCUCCUUUGGGCUAACUUGGGAAGCCUUCAACUGGCUACGCGAGGCGGGAACUAAGGAAUUGUUCAUCUACGUUGCUUCCGUCCAGGUGGCUAUUUGUUCCCUUACCCUACCCAUGUACUUUUUUGGGAAGAUCACUAGGGAUUUCAUGCACAGGCAUGACAUCCUGAAGAUGGUGGGUCUGGGCAUUGAAGAGACAGGGGGAGGGCCAGGACAGGAGGGGCCGGGAAUCGUGAUGGGUGAGGCGGGGCGUAGAUAG